GUGUUACAACCCGAGCAGUUGCAAACUUUCUCCCUUUGGACUAGUGCUCUUUUGACGGAUGACAGUUUCUCAACAUUCUGCCUGUCUUUUCACAGGAAAACAGUGACAGUGGACCAACAGGAUGGAAUGCAUCUAUGGUGUGGAUUUGGAAGAGUUGUGUCCAGUGUGUGGGGACAACGUAUCAGGCUAUCACUAUGGUUUGCUAACUUGCGAAAGCUGCAAGGGUUUUUUUAAGAGGACAGUACAAAACAAUAAGCGCUAUACCUGCGCAGAGAGCCAGGAGUGUAAAAUUGACAAGACCCAACGAAAGCGUUGUCCUUUCUGCCGUUUCCAGAAAUGCCUCACUGUGGGCAUGCGACUCGAAGCAGUUCGUGCAGACCGAAUGCGUGGAGGCCGAAAUAAGUUUGGGCCAAUGUACAAGCGAGACCGGGCCUUAAAGCAGCAGAAAAAAACUUUAAACCGGGAGAGUGGGGUAAAGGUGGAGUCCAUGCCACCAGUCAUGUCACCUGACCAGACAGACUAUGCCCUUAGUAACACAUUGCCCAAUCUCACAGACAUUUCCACACCUAAAAACAUCAUGCUGAACAUGCCAUUCUCCAACACAUCAGCAGAGUAUGAGCAGGGCCUGUACACUACACCUGGCUGCAUUAGCAUAGGUUCCCACAGUCCACUGCAGUCUCAGUAUCCACACCAAUCUUUGCCCUGUCGCACCAUCAAAUCUGAGUUUCCUGACCAUUACGCGAGUAGCAGCUCACCUGGUUCCACUGGGGGAUACACCUACACCUAUCAGAAUCAUACUAUUAACUCACCUACACCCCACACUGGCCUGGACUUGCCCGCACUGGUUUUGGAGAUUGUGCACUGUGAGCAGGAUGAGCUGCUGGUACGGAGUAAGAUCAGCACACACCUGGCUCUUCUGCAACAGAACCAGAGCUCUGGCAGCAAUGAAGCGCUCUCAACCUUUGCUAUAAUGUGCCACAUCGCAGACCAAACACUAUUCUUCAUUGUGGAGUGGGCACGGAGCUGCAGCUUCUUCAAAAAACUCAAGGUGGGGGAUCAGAUGAAAUUACUGCAAAACUGUUGGAGUGAGCUUCUGGUGCUUGACUUUAUCUCCAGACAGGUGCAUCAUGAUGAACAAGACACUAUUUUACUCAUUACUGGACAGAAGGUGGGCCUGACUUCUUUGCUGACACAGGCAGGGGUGAUCCUAGGUGAGUUUGUACGAGGGGCACAGCAACUGGUCCAGAGUCUUCAGAAGCUACAUUUAGACUGCAGGGAGAUCACCUGUUUUAAGUACCUCAUCCUGUUCAAUCCUGAUGUGAAGCUAUUGGAAAACCAGGAAUAUGUGGAAAGUGUGUAUCAUCAGGUGAGUGGGGCAUUGCUGGAAUACACAUUGUCUGUGUAUCCGCAGUAUGUGGACAGAUUUAGUCAGCUGCUGCUGCAUCUGCGAGAGCUACGAGUUCUAAGCACUCAGGCUGAAGAUUACCUGAGCUAUAAACACCUCAAUGGAGAGGUACCGUGCAACAAACUGCUCAUAGAGAUGCUGUAUGCCAAAAGAGCCUGUGACUGACACAUAGACACAGACCUUUACAUUUGUAAAAACACCAACAUAUACCACACAAACACAAACCUUGGUUUGUGCCUCCAGAAAAAAAUAUGCAUGUAUGUGUUGGGGAACCACUUAAGUGAAUCUGAAAUGGAAUAAGCAAUGCACAGACAUGUUGUACUUCAUUUCGAGCUAAUAUUAUCUGCCUAAACCAAGGAAAAAGGUCCUAUUUAUACUGCAAAUAUUUAAUGUUUAAGGACUAUUCUAAGUUAACUUAGCACUAAGUAUAUGAUUUUUCUUUCUAACGCUUUCUUAUUUUUGUUUGAUGAUUGAGCUGAAAGAAAUAUUUCUCAUAAGCUUUGUACCUACUUGUCUAGUAACUAACCUGGGAUUAAAGUCUUACUGUGAAUUAAAGGUAAAAGUCUAUAUUUUUUGUUGGUUGUGUAAAUAAAGGUUGUAUUUUUGCAAAAAGGGCGAGUAAAUUAAUAUCAAAAUUCAACAUAAUAUUAAAUGACAGAAAGUACAAACUAAAUUUUCCUACUUUCACAUGGAAUUUAUUUAUGUUUCUGGAUUGGAAGUUGGUUCAUUAUGUCUCAUAGGCUGUAGGUAACCUUAGCAUAUGUGUGAUUACUACUAAAAUACUUGUGACAAUCUUUCGCUGUCAUUUGAAAAAAUUGUAAACUCUUUUGUAUACAGUUGUUCAACUCUGUCAAUAAACCUGUAUGUGCAAUA